UCAUUUCAGCACUACAAUCACUGCAGAACUUAUCUGAGGACAAUUAUACAUAUCUCUUACUGCUAUAAUUAUCGUAAGAUUUGAAGAGGAAUAGAGCAAAUUUGCUGGAGGAAGAAAAUCAUAAUUAUAAUCUCGUAUUUUACAAAAAGAUCUUUGAAGACAAAUCACCUACAGAAACAAUGUAUGCCGAUUUACAAUACUUAUACGAAUAAACAGGGAUAUCAAAACGCCAUAUGUGAAAAAAAUACUGAAACUUUCGGAAUUUCUUAAAUAUAACCAAGAAGAAAUGAUAAAGUAAGAAAACACCUGAUCAAACUGUUUGUUUAGAUUAUUGAAAACAAUCUGAAAUAAUCAAGAACAACCUAAACAUCUAAUGGUGAUAAAUGUUUAAAUGUCCGUGUUCCUGAGGAAAAUUAGCUAAAUAGCUCAGGAAGAAAUCUGUUCGUCUGUCUAUUGGGAACUGAAAGAAUUUUUCAAUAUACGAAAACAAAUCGUAAUAGUAAAAAAACAACAAUCUGAUUGGUACAUGCUACAUGUCAUCAUCUUUAGUAAUUGUGUAGAAAGAGCUGACAGUCAAAAUACAGUAGUCAAAAUAUAACGAAUGAUUGUUAUCAAAGCAGUUCUAGGUUCACAUUUCACCUUUUGUUCUCUUGUGCAAUAUAUCAAGACUGUUUCACUUUUUUUUUUUAAAGAAAAACCGAACAAACUUUGAUGAAAAAUCAAAUUAGAUUGGUGUCUACUAAGAAUCGACAUUGUCAAUUCUAUCAGCAUAUACAAUUCACUGCUACCAUAAACUUCCUGGCGAAUCAGAGGCUGGACUAUGUUAUAUAGCACAUUUAGAAGACAAGCAUCUUCUCUUAUUUAAUUUAUCUCCUCAAAGGAUUUCUUAUUAGUGUAUUGAAAAAUGUUGGAAUGCUUAGCGGAAAAACACAUUAAAUUGUAAAAUACUUUUGUUCCGACCGAAUUGGUGACACAUGAAAUUGAAAAGAAAUAUAUGAAUAUUUCUCAUCGUCAAAUCCAAAAAGGAUUCCAAAAUCAACUGAGGAUAAUUCUUGAGAGACGAAUUUUAUCUGAUAAAAUAGCCCUUCAUAAGAAUAAAACUCUUGCCGUUGAUCACUUUUGAUUUCCUUUAUUAUGCGAAUAUGAUUUGUUUACAAUAUUGUAUUUUAUCGCCAAUGAACAACGUGAUAGAAUUCUGAGAAGGAUAUUGACAAGUCAGUAGUGCUACACAUAAUAAAGAAGUGCCAUAUCGGAUAAAUAUGUUCAAAGGAUAAAAAUGGAUUUACAACUUAGCGGUUAAUUUUCCAUGCGUGGUUUCAAUAAGACACAUACGAUAUACAGUGAUGCAAAGACUUACUUAGCGACAAAGAACAUUACGGAAGCCAAAAUGCAAUGUGGUGAGAAUAUCAUACUUAGAUAGACGAUUAAAGUUUUUUCAAUGGAUUUUGGAAAUAUUCUAUACGUUCUUUAAGUAAAGAGCCAAAAUGGAAGAAAACGUCUAUAACAAUAUACAAUUCAAUCUUUCAGGAUUUUAUGAUAUGAAUAACAGUUUAGAAACUUUAAACGAGACUUUUAAAAACGUUUGCGAUUCUAACAGCAGCAGAUGGAAACUGGAAGAUCCUGUGUGUUCUAUUAUUCAUUCAUCUUUUCCGUUACUAGUCAUCGUUGCCUUGGUCCUAGCUGUGAUAACCCUUUGGACAAUUUUUGGAAACAUACUUGUGCUAUGCGCACUCUACAAAUUUCCAAAUCUUCGUUCAAUUUCAAACUGUUUGAUCGGAAACUUAGCUGUCAGCGAUUUACUUUUAGCCAUAACUGUUCUUCCGCUUUCCACAGUUCACGAUUUACUAGGUUUUUGGGUUUUCGGUGAGACCAUGUGUACAUUAUGGUUGUGCAUUGACGUUUUAAACUGUACAGCAUCUAUUUGGGGAUUAUGUACAAUAGCUGUGGACCGCUACACUGCUACUAUUUAUCCAGUGUGGUAUUUUGAACGACGUUCUCCCGUCAGAGCCUUAAUUUAUAUUAUUUUUGUGUGGUUAUUUUCUUUAAUAGUAUCAUUCGCACCAUUUAUAGGAUGGCGAGAUAUGAUUUCGAACUUGUAUCGGUAUAAUCCGAAAAUAAACCGGUAUGAAUGUGUUCUCUUUCAGACAGGAGGGUAUGUAGUUUAUUCUGCUAUGGGCUCAUUUGUCAUACCAAUUUUCUUAAUGACAUUUUUAUAUAUUAGAAUAUUCAUAGUAUUAAAGAAAAGAACAAGAAUUUUAAAGCCUCGCCAUAAAAAGAAGCAUUGUAACAUUGAUAAUGACAAUGAAACAAGUUGUAUUAAUCCACAAACAGCUACAUCAUGCACAACUCAAAUAGACUUACAGUCUCCUAUUGUCAUGAAAGACAAAUCCACACAAAUUAGUCCGUAUCCUAAAAGACCUUUACGGAAAUCUACAGACGACCCAAAGUCAAAAGGAUAUAAUCUUAAUAACGAAAAAGAUCUUAAAACUAACAGUUCGACAAUGUUGCUGACCGUUAGCAACGAUGUGAAAGGGUCAGCUGAACAGCAAACACAAGCUGGUCCAAAAACAAAACAACCCGUAUCUGCAAUGAACGGGAAGAAAAAACACAGUGAACCUAGUCGUUCAACUGACGAUAACGAUGAGAACGGGAUAGUAAUGGACGAUAGUUCCGGUGACACUGUCAGUUAUAAGGAAGAAAAUAUAUGCUGCAGUGGAUGUGCAUGCAAGUCAUGUUCACCUAUGUUCAAUUGUUUGAUUAUAAAACGUUCUAAUAAAAACAACAAUAAUCAGAGACGUGACAGUGAAGGUCAGAAAUCUUUAAAAAUAAAAAAAGGCAGUUCCUUGAGGAAACGUGCUAUUCAACUACGGAAUAAAAGUAUGACUGGUAUAAAGAGUAAAUAUGAACUGAGAGAACAAAGAGCAACUAAAAGAAUGGCAAUAGUAAUGGCAUGUUUCUGUUUUUGUUGGAUCCCUUUCCUUUUUAUGUAUUUAAUCCGAAGCUUCUGUGAUAGUUGUGAACUUGACAUUCAUAUACAGGCUGCCAUUAUCUGGCUAGGAUAUGCCAACUCCGGUAUAAAUCCUAUUUUAUAUACUCUAUUCAAUGAUGAUUUCCGUAGAGCCUUUGAGAUAAUUCUUGGAAUAAGACGAUCAAAAAAUAAGAAACGGAGACAUUAGGAAAUAAGUAUGGUUAUAAUAAAAUAUUCUUUUGUUUCAAAA